AUGGCACCGGACAGGGAUCAACUUCAUGCUAUGUCUCGAAAAGAUAAAGAAAAUUUCAAGGAAUACGCGCAAAGAUGGCACGAGAUCGCUGCACAGGUUAGUCCUCCGUUGGAAGAAAAGGAAAUGAAAAAACUAUUUUUGAAGAUGUUGAGUGCCGGUGAAGGAAGAUUGAAAGAAGGUGGUUCGAUCGACAGUUCCAAAAAGUAUGGGAGUGGAUUAUCUAAGAAGAAGGAACACAAUGCUAACACUAUCUCGCAAGAGAAACAUAUGAGGCUUAUGAAGAACAAUCAACAUCAUCAGCAUGUGGCGUUUGUAACUCCAAUUAUUAAUUAUGCUUUGAUUGUUCAAGUAGCACCGAGUUAUCAGCCGCGUUUUCAACAACGAACAAAUCAACAGAACCAACAGAAUUGUGCCCAGAGGCCCGCACAGUUGGAUCCAAUUCCAAUUACCUAUACUGAGUUAUUUCCUUCUUUAAUUCAAAAGAAUUUGGUACAAAUAAGAACCCCACCAGUUAUUUCGAAAAAGCUUCCGUGGUGUGCAACUGUGAAUAUGAUUGAAGGAUGUCCAGGAAAGUGCCGAGUUUUUGACGUUAAUCUAAUUAGAAGAUCCUUGGUUGAAAUGCACACAGCUUUAUGUGACUUAAGCUAUUAUGAGCAUGACCAUGCUUUUUUCCAUGUUUGUUCCAGAGAUCCCCAAGGAUGUGUUGUUGUGAAAAGAGACUUACAAGAAAUGUUAGAUCCAAACCUUAUUCAGAAGAUUGUUAUUUCUCCGUUGGUUAUUCGUUUAGUGGGUCCUACAUAUUACGAGUCUGAUAAAGUUGUUCCUUACAAGUAUAAUGUUACUAUGGUGGAAGACGACAAAGAAGUGCCUAUUCCUGCUUUCUCGUCUAUUAUGAACAUUGCCGAUGUAAGUGGUGUGACCCGAAGUGGUUGGAUAUUUGUUGAUGUUUCCCCUAAGAGAAAUGAAGAUGUUGUGAUAGAGAAAUCAACCCAAGAGAAAACUCCUAUUAUACAAGCCAUCCAAACCCAGCAGUGUGAAUUAGAAUGUUGA